UCUGGGUCAAUGUGUCCUUCCACACGUGUUGUCUGUAUCUUCUAGAAGCAGGAGCGGUACCCUGGGGUUCACUGGCAGCUGUGGGGCAGUAAACUAAUUUAUUCUAUUUACACGCCUUGGUAUUUUUAUACAAUCAUGCUAAAGUCAGUUGUUCGUGCGGUGGGAGCUGCUGCUCGCCUUUCGUCAGCCAGCACGUCCACAGUGCGAGCUCUGCCGCUCAGCUACCCGGCACUGCGCGCUCCGAGCUCGGCAACAAUUCGGCCCUUCACUCGCUCUCUGUGGAUGUUAAAUAAUAACGGAGCCUCGUCUGGAUACAGGCCUAAAUUGUUCAGCUCCAAAGUGCUGAGUCCGUCGGUGUCGUGUGGAUGUGGAGGACUGCACACAGAAGGUGACAAAGCUUUUGGCGACUUCCUCUCCGAUGAACUCAAAGAGGAGAAGAAGAUCCAGAAAAACAAAACUCUUCCUAAGGUGUCCGGAGGGUGGGAGCUGGAGAUGAACGGCGCAGAGGCUAAACUCACAAGAAAUGUUUCUGGCGACAAGGUCACAGUCACAUUCAACAUCAACAACAGCAUUCCUCCUAACUUUGAGGAAGAGGUGGAGCAGGGACAGCAGAAGUCAGCAGAAGAGGAGCCAGAAAUUGUGUCAACCCCCAACUUUGUUGUUGAAGUGACAAAACAGGCUGCAAAACAUUCCCUGGUGUUUGACUGCCAUUUCCCUGAAGAUGAGAUAAGCCACGGUGAAGGUGAAGGAGAAGAAGAGAGCGACAUUUUUGCCAUUCGGGAGGUCAGUUUCCAGCCAGAAGGAGAUUCCGAGUGGAAGGAGACAAGCUACACACUCAACACAGACUCUCUGGACUGGGCCCUGUAUGACCAUCUGAUGGACUUCCUGGCUGACCGCGGGGUUGACAACACCUUUGCCGAUGAGCUCAUGGAGCUGAGCACCGCCAUCGAGCAUCAGGAGUACAUCAAGUUCCUGGAAGAUCUUCAAGGCUUUGUCAAAUGUAAUUAAUGUUGGGUGCGACCUUACUUCAGUGCACAUUCUGGGACAUUGGAGGUGUUUGGAUACAGUAAGACUAAAUCACUCUGGAUCAUUGAAACGUGUUUGAUGUCCCAAGAGACUGAUGUUGUCUGAGCUCUCAGCCAGCAGCUUUCACAUUAAUACAUGGCUGCAAGUGUGUGUUUUGUUUUUUUCCUUGUUAAAAUUACUUUAUUUUUCUGUAACUUAAGAUGGUUCAAACAAAAAUAUAUGAAAGCUAAAAGAAGUACAGAUUGUGAUAAUGUGUAUAAUGUAGAAUUUGCUAUCUUGCAGCCAGUAUUUAAAUAUUCUAACUGUUCUCAAGCCAGUAAUGGCAGAAUUUGUCAAGAUGAGAAAUCAAGACAAAGAAUUUCAAUAAAAAUCAGCCUUUCUUUGGAAUAAAUGUGGCAGCCUCAGAUUUUUAAAGCUCGAAAAACCUCCUUUGAGUCUUAAUUCUGGCUUAGUCAAGAGGGUUUGUGGUGACUUGAUGCCUGAAAUCUGAAUGUGAAUGACAGGUUGGUGUGUUCAGAGGAUGGAGCAUCGAUGUUCAAUAAAACUGUUUGAUACAGUA